AUAUUGGCUGCUCGCUUUUGAUUGUGCGGUUUGAACUUGACUGGGAUCGUGCAUUUUUGGGUGUAUUUGGAGCACCUUCCCAGAAAUUGAAACACUUGGUGUUAUAAGAUAGCCGCUCAAACGAAAUCUCACUUGAUCUAUCCAGAAAGGAUAGAAUAACGUUUACCUUUCGGUGCUUUUGAUUGGAUAUUUUUGUAUCAAUUGUUGGUUGAAUAACCGGGUGAUAAUAUUCGUUUAGAACCGUGUCAAAUAUAUACCUUGUUUUGAUUUGAACUGAGACACGAGUGUCUAAAGCUAUCUAACGGUUAUUCGGCCACAUCCAGACCUAUUGAAAUUUAGGUUUGGAUUCUACAGUUCUAAACGAAUAUUGGUUGGCUGCUUGGAAGAACCUACAGUUCUAAACGAAUAUUGGUUGGCUGCUUGGAAGAACUUACAGUUCUAAACGAAUAUUGGUUGGCUGCUUGGAAGAACUUACAGUUCUAAACGAAUAUUGGUUAGCUGCUUGGAAGAACUUACAGUUCUACACGAAUAUCGGACGGUUGGCAGCUUUUCCGUGCUUACAGUCCUGAACAAAAAUUGGUCGGUUUGCAGCUUGGUCCGCGCUCACUGUUCUGAACCAAAUUUGGUCGAUAAUUCGAGAUGCCCAACAAUCGUACAAAGAAGUCAAUCCCUAAGCUGGUCGGAGAGGAUGAAGACAAGGUUAAUGACAAAUCCCUUAGUACAAAGCAAGUUUUUUCUGAUGUCUUUACGCCUCAUGGUUCUAAUGUAUUUAAAGAGAGCUAUAGUGAUAGUGACGUAAUGUUAGAUAAGGUAGCGGAUCUUAGUUUAGAUAAAGGGGAAAGACUUCGGCAUGCAGUCUCGGGCACAACACCUAAGGUUCCUAUAGUUGGGUUAGAGCUACCGAAAGUUGAAUUGUGUUAUUUUGAUGGAAAACCGAAGGAAUAUUGGAAGUUUAUAAAACAAUACGAUACUUACGUUGCUGCUAGAGUAUCUGACGAUAGUCAACGUUUACUAUAUUUGCUCCAUUAUUGCAAGGGUAAGGCGAAGGCAGCCAUUGAAGGAUGUGUAAUGAUGGAGGCUACGUCUGGGUAUAAGAGAGCUAGAGAUAUUUUGAAACGAUUGUUCGGUCAAGCUCAUGUCAUAGCAAGAGGAACGUUAGAGGAUUUAUUCAAUGAUGUAAAGCAUGGUUGUCAUGACGCAGAGCAACUCUCAAGUUUAGCAAUAAGGAUGGAAAAUUGUAGCAUGAUUCUAGAGCAAAUGAACUACACUGCCGACUUGAAUUCGCUGGUUACAUUAGAGAGAGUAGUAAGAUUUCUGCCUCAACCUAUGCAAAGACAAUGGGCUGAACUUGUAGAUAGAUUGACGGAAGAUGACAGAGAGCCAACGUUCGCUGAACUCACUCAGUUUGUGGCAGCUAAAGCGAGAGUCGCUGCGAGUAGGUUUGGACGAUUGGCUGAACGUCGAAGAGGGGGAGUUACUACUAAAUCAUGUUAUCAUUCCGUAUUGAGACCGAAGAAUGCAUCGAUCGCAAGUGCUAAGUGCAGUAUGUGCUCAGGGGAUCAUUCGGUUUACGAGUGUAGACAGUUCUUAGCUCUCACGACAGAAGAACGUUUGUCGCACGUCAAAAGUAAGAGUAUUUGUUUCGUAUGUCUUAGACAAGGGCAUAAAGCUAAUGAAUGCAAAGUGACGAGAUGUUGCGCCAUUGAGGGAUGCUCUAAGAGACAUCACUCUCUGUUGCAUAAGGGUUCAGCAAAGAAUAAAUCAGAAGAUAAACUGGCUACGGUAAACUAUUGUGGACAAGAUAGGCCAGUGAACAGUCACGUGUGUCUGGGAACGAUCCCUGUGAGGUUGAGAGCGGGAAACGCUGAGGUUGUGGGGUAUGCACUUUUGGAUAAUGGCUCUGACGUAACCUUAAUUACUUCAGGAUGUUUGAAGUUACUGGGGCUGAAAGAGGAAGAGUCAUCAGUGACUGUGCAAACUGUGAGCGGUAAUAAGGCAACACGCGUCACAAAGACACCUUUUGAAGUAUACUCCUUAGAUCAAUCUGAGCACGUCAAGAUUGAGGGAGCCCUGAUAGUGUCGCAAAUACCUGGGCAUAAACCGACGAAAUCAGUUAUGAGUGGCCUAGUGAAGUGGCAGCAUUUGAGUGAUGUGCCAUUACAAUUUAUAGAUUCUGGCGAAGUUGUAUUGCUGAUUGGUUGUGAUGUUCCGGAAGCCCACUGGGUACUCGAUCAACGGUUAGGUGGCAGAAAAAAUCCGUAUGCAGUAAAAACGUUGCUCGGUUGGACCGUAUUCGGACCUGCAUCAUUUUCGGGAUCGAAGAAAAGAGUUAGUAAUUGUAUGAGUAAGCUGCAGACAAUAGAAGAUCAAUUCCGUAAGCUUUAUGACGUAGAAUUCGCUGAUGUAUAUUCAAGCGAUAAAUCGCCGUCAGUAGACGAUCGAGCAGCAAUAGAAAUAGUGGAAAGGGGUACCUUCUUCGAUGGUGGUCACUUCGUAGUUCCAAUACCAUGGAAAAUGCAUCCAAACAAAAUAACGGGAAACUAUGAAGUAGCGGCCAGUAGAUUACUUAGUUUGAAGGGUAGGUUGUUGAAGGAUAGCAACCUACACACUAAAUAUGCUAAAAGUAUCGAAAGUAAUCUUACUAAAGGAUAUGCGCGAAGGGUCCCUGAAAUACAGUUGAGGUCAGAUUAUCUCCCUCGCUGGUAUCUACCUCAUCACGCGGUAAUAAAUCCCAAAAAGCCAGAAAAACUGAGGGUGGUGCUGGACUGUGCUGCUAAAUUUGCUGGGGUUUCACUGAAUGAUAUGAUUUAUCAAGGACCCGACACUACAGCAGAGCUUGUUUGUAUAUUAUUGCGAUUUCGCAAGGAGGCAAUUGUCAUUUGUGCCGACGUUGAAGAAAUGUUCAUGCAAGUAAAGGUCCCUGAAUCCGAUCAGGGAGCUUUAAGAUUUCUAUGGUGGCAGGAGGCAGACAUGUCGAAAGAACCAUUGGAAUUUCAAAUGACUGCCCAUCCAUUCGGAUCAACGUCUUCGCCAUUCUGUGCAAACUUUGCCUUGAUCAAGACCGCUCAGACAUUUUCUGAUGGAUAUGAUAGCUACGUCGUGGAGGCAGUUAGGAACAAUUUCUAUGUGGAUGAUUGCUUAGUAUCUUUUCCCACUUCUGAUCGAGCAAAGAGCUUUGUUAAGCAAGUAAGUGAAUUACUGGGUAAAGGCGGUUUUACAUUAAAGGAAUGGAUAACAAAUUCGGAAGAAGUUAGGUCUGUUUUGCCUGGGAUAUGCAAGGAAGGGCUUGUGAAAGAAAUGUCUAAAGAUUGUGAUGUCAUUCAUCGUACCUUGGGGGUACAAUGGGAUUGUGAAAGAGAUGUUUUCCAGUUUCACUUUGACGCCCCAGAAAGACCGUUGACUAGGAGAGGUAUUCUAUCUGUGGCAUCUUCUGUAUUCGACCCUUUGGGUUUAAUUUCUCCAGUCUAUCUGACGGUCAAACUUCUUCUGCAAGGGUUAUGUAAGUCCCAAAUAGGCUGGGAUCAGCCGAUCAACGAGCCUUAUAUGUCGAUUUGGCUAAACUGGGUGAACUUAAUGCGACAGAUAGGUCACGUUAAAAUUCCUCGAGGCAUCAAGAAUAAAUUAGAUGAACCUAAUGCGCGAGUGGAAUUGCAUUUGUUUAGUGAUGCCUCCGAGAUUGGUUAUGGAGCAGUAGCUUAUGCACGAGUCAGUUAUUUGAACGAACCGCCGUAUUGUAUUUUGUUGUACAGCAAGUCCAGGGUUCCACCUAUAAAACCAGUCACUAUACCGAGGCUUGAGAUGGCAGCAGCGGUAUUAAGCGUAAGGCUGAGUGAAGUGCUACAAAGAAGCUUACCCAAUUUCUUCUGCGAAGUGAGUUUCCAUACUGAUUCUAUGAUAGUGUUGUAUUACAUUAGAAAUACAGGAAACCGAUAUAGUACCUAUAUAGCUAAUCGUCUUGCUAUCUUACAUCAGCACACUAAGGUUGAGCAAUGGACUUACGUCAAAUCGUCGGAGAACCCAGCGGACUGGACUUCGAGAGGUAUACAAAAAUUGGCCGACCUUGAGUCGUGGAUUAAGUGCCCUACUUUACUGCAAGCCGAGUUCGGUAAAACUGUUACCGAUUGUCCUCAAACUGUUCCGGACAGUAUUGAGUUUAGAAAAACUGUUGUAAGUCCUACCCGUUCUUUUAGUAAGGAAUGCGAUUAGGUGAACCAUGGCAAAAAGACAUCAGAAUAGCUUGUGCAGUAUGGAGGGAUUUUGGGGGCCGGUGUUGGAUCCAUUUUGCAAGUGAAAAUCCCUCCAUGCAUACACUUGUGAUUUCUUCCUUACGUUUUCUUUAUUUGUAUAUGCUGUUAACAUUCUUGAUGCUAAUUAAGACUGUAACGUUCAAUUUUUCUUGAUUUAACUAUCGUUUUUUAUUGAGUCUCUACGUUCCUCACUGAAUUGUAUAUAGUUUGUUUUAAUUGCUAUUAUUCUGGCAUCUGCCAUAUUGGCUGCUCGCUUUUGAUUGUGCGGUUUGAACUUGACUGGGAUCGUGCAUUUUUGGGUGUAUUUGGAGCACCUUCCCAGAAAUUGAAACACUUGGUGUUAUAAGAUAGCCGCUCAAACGAAAUCUCACUUGAUCUAUCCAGAAAGGAUAGAAUAACGUUUACCUUUCGGUGCUUUUGGUAGUUUUCAUAUAUUUCUUAUCACCUUGCUAUUUAUUGUAAUUUAGAUUGGAUAUUUUUGUAUCAAUUGUUGGUUGAAUAACCGGGUGAUAAUAUUCGUUUAGGUAAAUUUGUGCAUUUGUAUAUAUGAUGAAUUACAGAACCGUGUCAAAUAUAUACCUUGUUUUGAUUUGAACUGAGACACGAGUGUCUAAAGCUAUCUAACGGUUAUUCGGCCACAUCCAGACCUAUUGAAAUUUAGGUUUGGAUUCUACACUUGGUAACCUGUGAUGCCCAACCAUCGCACUCAAUUUUGCAUAGAACCAACGUCACGUUGGUUUUGGUGGGAGAGUGGUGUAAAUGCGAUUGGCCCUAACCACACAAUUCUCAAAGCUGAACACGAGACAACUAGAGAAAUAGAUCUUCAACAUUUAGCGCGGAGAAAAACCCAACAAUGGAAAAGCAGGAGGAAUCAGUUCAAUGAAUUCAAUUUCAACUGAUCAGAUGGCAUGGAUAAGCCUUGCAGGAGUGGUUAUUCAUGUGUCUUGUCUUGUCCCUUUUAUUCAUAUUGAAUAUAUUGUUCUAUCCUCAGCCUGAAUGUGUUCACCACUAUUUAUUAGUAAUUGUUAUAAUACUGGGUAGACCGUGAUGUGACUUCCACGUAAGGUCCUAUAGAUAAGGUAGUUUCAACAUUUCAAAUAUACAACUUCAGGAUUAGGUUUAUUAUUAGACCAGUACUAAUAACGAAAUAGACCAUAAUUCUACAGAUGUUUGGGAAUAAAAUAUGUUUAGGUUGAAAAGAAGGGACUGAAAGUGUAUUUGGUGUUUUGACGGACCAAUAGUAAACAUAAUAAAUAAUACAUAUGAACAUGCGUGAACUUAAAAUGUUAAGAUGAAUAAAAAGAAAAGAAAAGAAACGAGAAAAGUUUCAAAGGUUAUACUUCACUUUUCAGUCAGUUAGAUAGAUG